UUUGUAAGGUUUAAGUUAUCUUGCUGUUGGUUAGAUUCUGGGCGUAUCAACUUUAUGUGUAUAAAAAAACUUUGCAAAUGCAGGGGAAGGCAUUUUGAUCGUGACACUCAAGAAUAUAUUCCAUCCAAUUUUAUAAUUGUAACGUAGUCUUCCUUGCUGAAAUCAUGUGCAGAAUUCUUUUGUUAGUGCAGAGUGCUUGCUUGUAGCACAAUCUUAGAGAGAAGACACUGGAAGUUGCAGGUUGACAUCACUGUCCUUGGCAAAUUGACAAUUGGGAUGGAGAAAUGCACAAGAGGCGAGCAUAGUUGAGCUCCGUUAAAACUUGGAACUUUGCUCGAAACUCCCAGCCGAAAAUUGUACAAGGAGUGACAGCAUAUAGAAUCAACCUCUCGGCAAGCAAAGUCAGCAGCGGAAUAACAAACAAAAAGCGGUCCGAAUCUUAAAUCGCAGGAAAGAUAAAGGUGAAGAUCUUGUGCUUAUUUGGAGCAACGACGGUCAUCGAUUGCCGGUGCAACUCAUCUGAACAUAGAAUCAUGGGUUGAUUUUGAGCGGUUGAUUGUUGGCAUUGGCUACGGGUAUUGAUUGCUGCGGAAAAGGCGAAAUGGGACAUGUGUGAGGCAUAAGACAAUGUUAAAACAAUCUUUCUUUCAGUGAGGGGAGGGGGGGCGCUGCACUUUCACCCUUUCCGUAUCUCACAGUUACAUGACAGGAGUGGUAAUAUUGAUACCAACCUUAAAAUUAUUAGGAGGAGCAACCGAAAAUGGCGAGCCAGCAGCCCCGUCCAGCAUGGAUUCGAUGGCCCUCUCUUGCUGGGCGUGCUCCAGCGCCGGCACCACCAACUGCCCCAGCCCCUGCCCGUCCGGCCCUUCCUGCUGCUGCUCGUCCGCGAGCCCCAGUCCCAACUGCUGCCCGGCCUUCAUUUCCUACUAGGCCUUCCAUUCCACCAACACAAGCUCAGGAACCGGCCCCUCCACGACCCCAAACAGCUGUUGAACCUCGUCCUGCUGCAGCACCGCCAGCGUCUCCUCAGGCUCCAUCAGUAAGGCCGGCGCCAUCUCCCCGAGCAUCACCUCUAGCUGCUUCCCAACCAUCACCGCAAAGGGCAGUGGCAGCAUCUGCAGCAGCCCCUGCCCCUGCCACAGCUGCUGCUCAGCCGUCUCCACCUGCAUCACGGCCCCCAACCCCAACCCCAACCCCAGCACCAGCUUCAGCUCCUGCACCCAAAUCUCCAACUGAAAGGUAUUCAAGACUACCGUCAAAUUCUGCAGAGGCUCGUCCUGCACCAUCCUCCCCUGAAACAAAACCAGAAGCUACAAUGCCAACUUCACCAGUCUCAAAAGCCACUGAAACAAUCAACAAGGCUGCUGAUGCAACCGUGCCGUCGCCAAAAGUAGUCAAGCCCUUGGAGCGAACCCCUGCGCAAUCUCCUAAGUUCAGGACUGCACCUCCUUCUCCGCCUGAUUUCACACUACCUCCCGCCCAAGUCACUGCAGAUCGGGAGGGGGAACCUGAAGCCAAGAUCGACCAAAAGGGCGUGCUGUUUCAACAAAGCAUUGACAAGCCAAUGAAUAGGCACAGAGCCCACAACAAUGGUGCCCCUUCUUCAAAUGGAAAGCGGGAACCAGCCUUGAAAGAUAAGGGCCCAGGCAAGACUGAAGAGGUGGCGACAGGGAUGAGAAUGAUCACGCUUGCUGGUGAUAAUAAAGGAGCUAUAAUGGAAAUGAACCUUGCCCCCGCCCCAAAGAAAAACUACUUUGCAGGCCUUCAGAAGCGUCAAGGAGGAAACAGGCUGGGAACUUCUUCUAAUGAGAAUGAGAAUGAGAAUGAGAAUGAUGAAGAGAAAUCUGGAGAGGAGAAAAAGAUUAGCAACAACAGGUCGAUGUUAAUGCAGCAGCAGAGUCCUCCGAUGAAGGCAAGCUUGAACAGCAACGUGCAGGGGCUCAACAACUCCAUUCUCUUCAACUGUACUUUCCGAAACAACGACCCCGGCAUCCACCUCUCCCUCACUAGAAAGCCCAAUGCCAAUGCCAAUGCCAAUGCCAAUGCCCGCAGAGGAUAAUUAUUAAUAAAGAUCGAUCGGCUGUUUGUUUUUACGUACGUGUAUGUGUUUUGUUUUCUUUUGUUUUUCUUUUUGUUGCUUUGCUGGUUGUAUCAUGGUUGCAAGCAGCAGCAGCAUGAAUCUACAUCUACUACACAUCUAUCUAAUGGAAUAAUAAUAAUAACAAUAAACAAAAUAUUUAUUUGAUGGAA